UCUAAAAACGGUAUAGAAGAAGCCUUAACCAAAAACAACAACUCAUGGACAUCGUAUUCGAUCGAGAAAAUGUGCGCCGACAGGCAAGCCGACUCGGCGCGAUGUCGCCCGAUCGUCGCUCGACUGUGGCGCCCCGUCUCCCCGCAGUUGCCCCGCGAGUCCCGCCACAAUCGCACGUCCGUUCCCACAAAAAUUCAAAAUGUUUGGAAUAGACACCGAAGCACUCAUUCUCGCAGUGAAAAAACGUCCAUCAUUGUACAACAAAAACGACCCUUAUUACUACAACAAUAAGAAACAUAAAUCUAGAUUGUGGUUUGAGGUGUGCAAAGAAGUGUUUUCUGCCUGGGACAACUUCAAGCCGCAAACCAAGGUUGAACAAGGUCACGAACUGCAAAAACGCUGGAAGAGUCUUCGCACAUGCUUCACUAGGGAACUCAGUCUUCAAAAGAGAGAGCAAUCCGAACCAUCGAAGAAAAGAAAAAGAAAGAGAUAUGAAUAUUUCAACACAAUGUCCUUUCUAUUAGAAACAGGAGAUGAUGAAGAAGGAACAAGCAACACAGCUAAGGACUGUGAAAGUGAUGAUUCCUCAUCAGAUCCUUUAGAAAGUAUUAAGAAUGAACCUUCAGUUUAUGAGGCAUCACUACAGACAGAUAACUCCGCCCAUUUCGAGUUAGAAACCGAAAUCCCAGCGCAGGCUGGGACAACAACCGCUUCAUAUUUAAGACCUGUGUACGACAGAAGUGACAAUUUGGAAGAUAAAAUUCUAGAUAUGUUGAAAGAAAUAAAGAAGGAUGAAGAAGAUGAGGACAGACAAUUCAUGCUUUCAUUAGUUCCAAGCUUUCGGAAGUUGAAAGCGAAACAGAAGUUUGAAGCGAGGAUUGAAAUCUUAAGAGUGUUGAAGGAUAUCACGUUUCAAGAUGAUGAUGAACAGAAGAAUUCGCAGAAUUGAGGAAGAUACGUUUAAACUCUGACUUAAACUGCGUUUAUUAUCAAGUUAAUAAGAU